CCGGAGAGGAAAAGCAGUGGUCAGGGCUGGGUCUGUCGUCACGGUGCGGAGGAGCUGUGGGAACUGGCGCUGGGUCUCUCAUUUUGGCGCUAAAACAGGGACGCCCCCCCCCGGCCCAGACCCAGAGGAUACCCCCCUCCCCAACCUCCUCCAUAGCAACUGGAAGCUGUGCAUCCCUGCUCAGAGCUGAGUGGCAGAGCGAGAAGGAUGUGCCUGGUACUGUGACGCUCAGCGAGGCUCAAGCCGACUGAGGCUCCAGCCCGGAGAAGCUCCAGGUCAGAGAGCCUCCAGCCCAGAGGGGCUCAAACUCAGAGAAACACCAGCAGGACCAGGAUCCGGGACCGAGCAGAACACGAAGGCAGACAUGCCGUUCGGGGGGCUGUCAGCGCUGAAGGAGCGGGUGCUUAAUCCGGGGAAGGAGGAGGCGAAGAACAUCAUGAGCGACUCGCUGGGACACCUGCAAAGGAAGAUGGACGGCACCCACACAGACGGGGAGGUGGAGAUGGAGCUGUCAGCGGAUGGGCAGCCGGUGCUGAUGGAGAACCGCGACGCCCCGUUCUUCGACUGCGGUUGCUUCGGCCUGCCCAAGCGCUACAUCAUCGCCAUCCUCUCGGGCCUGGGCUUCUGCAUCUCCUUCGGCAUCCGCUGCAACCUUGGCGUGGCCAUAGUGGAGAUGGUCAACAACAACACCGUCUACAUCAACGGCUCAGCCGUUAUGAGGCCAGCACAGUUCAACUGGGACCCGGAGACGGUGGGACUGAUCCACGGUUCCUUCUUCUGGGGCUACAUCGUCACGCAGAUCCCCGGGGGCUUCAUCUCCAACAAGCUGGCGGCUAACCGGGUAUUCGGGGCAGCCAUUAUCCUAACUUCCCUGCUCAACAUGUUAAUCCCAUCUGCAGCGAGGGUCCACGUUGGCUGUGUCAUGUGCGUGCGCAUCUUGCAGGGCUUGGUGGAGGGUGUGACCUACCCAGCAUGCCACGGGAUGUGGAGUAAGUGGGCACCACCGCUGGAGCGAAGCAGGCUGGCGACCACUUCCUUCUGUGGAUCCUAUGCAGGUGCUGUGAUUGCCAUGCCCCUUGCGGGCGUCCUGGUGCAGUAUGUGGGCUGGUCUUCCGUCUUUUACAUCUAUGGUGUUUUUGGGAUGAUAUGGUAUAUCUUCUGGCUCCUGCUGGCCUACAGAAGUCCGGCCGACCAUCCCACCAUUACUGAGGAGGAGAGGACCUACAUCGAGACCAGCAUCGGUGAGGGGGCCAAGCUGCUCAGUGCCACUGAGAAGUUUAAGACGCCGUGGAGACACUUCUUCACUUCCAUGCCUGUCUACGCUAUCAUUGUGGCCAACUUCUGCCGGAGCUGGACCUUCUACCUGCUGCUGAUCAGCCAGCCUGCGUAUUUCGAGGAGGUGUUUGGCUUCCCCAUCAGCAAGGUAGGUGUCCUGUCAGCCCUUCCCCACAUGGUGAUGACCAUCAUCGUGCCCAUUGGCGGGCAACUGGCUGACUAUCUGAGGAGUCACAAGAUCCUUUCCACAACAACCGUGCGAAAAAUCAUGAACUGUGGCGGCUUCGGCAUGGAGGCCACACUGCUGCUGGUGGUGGGCUUCUCCCACACGCGAGGCGUCGCUAUCUCCUUCCUGGUGCUGGCUGUGGGCUUCAGUGGCUUUGCCAUCUCAGGGUUCAACGUCAACCAUCUUGACAUCGCCCCGCGCUAUGCCAGCAUCCUCAUGGGCAUCAGCAAUGGCGUGGGCACCUUGUCAGGCAUGGUGUGCCCACUCAUAGUCGGGGCUCUGACCAAACACAAGACCCGGCAGGAGUGGCAGAACGUGUUUGUGAUCGCUGCCGUCGUCCACUACACCGGCGUCGUCUUCUACGCCAUCUUUGCCUCCGGGGAGAAACAGGACUGGGCGGAUCCCGAGGACACAAGUGAUGACAAGUGCGGCAUCUUAGACGAGGACGAGCUGGCCGAGGAGACGGAGCUCACCAGCGAAGCCAACCUCAGCCAGAGUAAGAAGAUGUCGUACGGUGCCACCACCGACAGCUCCUCACACAAGCAGAGCUGGCGGAACGAUGGUAGCGACUCGUACCACCAAGAGAACGGAACCUACUAAGACGACGCCCAGUGAGGCUGCCCCCUCAGCCCGGACCCCCCUGUGCUCUUGAGGGACACUUCUGCAGGACUGGUUCCCCAUAAACUUGGACAGGAAGUCGUCUUACACUGUGGGUGAAUGAGGGAAAAAUGGCCAAAACCUUCCCAGGACCAUUAGCUUCUCCUGUUCCCUCCCAACGUGGGCCCAUAACCACAGACUGGACAUCGGCACGGCUCAGGGGAGGCUGAACAAGAGCAUCAUCAUUUAGUCUGUCUACGUUUUGGUGGGAAACAAACUUUGAAGACCAGUAGUUCAAAAUCAGAGAAAGGAUAGCUUGCGGUAAAACAGAGAAAAUUAACAUUGCUCAGCAAGUCAAAAUAACGUACAUAUUCCCACCCUAAUUUAGCAUAAAACGGCUGAAAUUAUGUGGCAUUAUUAGCUAUCAGUAGUACGUACCUGUUUAGAGUGGUCAAGGAGUCACUGUAUGUCAUGUGAUAUCUAUUUGUUGAGUAUGGUUGCAAAGGCAUGUGUGACUUGACUAAAAAACAUACUUGCUGCAAGAACAACAUGUAAUGAAUACUGUGACUCUCAUACUUGAUCUAAUAUACUAUAGAAUUAGUUCUGCUGAUUCCCCCAGCUUAUAGAAACAGGCCUGCUGAUCCUGCAGCCUAUAGAAGUAGCUCUGCUGAUUCCACAGCCUAUAGAAACAAGCCUGCUGAUCCAGCAGCCUAUAGAAGUAGCUCUGCUGAUUCCACAGCCUAUAGAAACAGGCCUGCUGAUCCAGCAGCCUAUAGAAGUAGUUCUGCUGAUUCCCCAACCUAUAUAAAAGGUCAUUCCUAGCAUAGAAAAGUAAUUGGUCUCCCUGCACUGUUUAUUUCAUUAUAGCAGUUGCUUCUUCCAGUUUGUGGGACGCUCAGCAGUAAAAUUUUAUAGAACAGUAUGAAACAUUCCACAGUAUUUUUAAAAACAAAAUCAUUCACAAGAAGAGUCAUUUAAAAAUACACGUCUUUGUUCAUUAUUUAAAAAAAUAGUGGUUCAAGCAAUGAAUUCUGUCCCCAACAUAUAACAACUGAGAUUAUUUUAAACAGGUCACUGAAAAUCAGAUGUACAGGAAAUACUUACAUGUUUAUUGCCCUGUUGGUUAAUGAGUUUAUUUGAUGUGAUUUACUGUUUGCCAACUUUUUGCCUUGAUUUUUUUCUGACAGUCUUUGUGGUAGAGGAGAGAACAUCCAAGUAUUUGGUGAAUUUGCAAUGCUAUUUGACCUCAAACGCCCUCUGUUUUCACAUCAUUAUUGCCCUUAAACUGUCCUCUCAUCAGAAACCUUUAACAUGAAGAGUGAAAUCUGUCAUUUGUGGUUCUUGAUUAAAUGGGAAAUAAACGCA